GCAUCCGUUGAGCAUCAUCGACCGACAGCCGGCGGUAGACGAGACAGCGACAGUGUUGUUGGUUGAAGGAUACUCUGCGUGAUCGUUCGAAAACUUGUCCCAAGCGUUGGUCGCCUCGCCAAGCGUGAAUUGUGUGUUUUGGUUCAUCUCGACCCCCGCCCUCAGCGAAGUCCUUUCGGGGUUUCGAAAGGAUUCCCAGUUUCCAUCCGACAGCUCCGACAGUGUAUUUGGUGUGGUCAGAAUGGUCGUCAAGUUGCAUCUCAUCUGUGGCGUGUUCCUGUUCGCGUUCCUCAGCUGGGCCCACGGACAGCCGGUCAAGGAUCAGGAGCUGGAGGAGGUGCUGUCGAAGCUACAGGACCUGAAGCGGCUAAACGAUGCGACAGGUUCGACCACGAAGCCCAAUGAAGAGAAGGUGAGCGCGGUGGCUAGUCUGGAACAGCGGGCGGGUCAGCGGACAGUGGCGCCUUCGGUGGUAACCGGCUACAAGACGAAGCGCUCGCUCAACAACUCGGACCGCCGGACGCUACUCUACAACUACUAUUCGCGCGGACUGGCCCCGAUGUACGACAAGAGAAACUUUGAUGAGAUUGACCGCUUCGCACGCUUCAACGGCAAGCGCAACCUGGACUACGAACCGUCGUACGUGGGUGACCACGGCUACAACGGGCGGCUGAGCAAGCGCAACUUUGACGAGAUCGAUCGGUAUAACGGAUUUAAUUACCGUCUGAACGGUGACGAGGUGGCUACGAUUGGCAAGCGGAACUUUGACGAGAUCGACCGGUUCGGACGGUUCGCGUUCAACAAGCGCUACUUCCCGGAGGUGAACGAGCUGAGCGCGGCCGGCGGCGGCAACAGCCUCAAGCACGAUCUCUCGGACGAUAUGGCCGUGAUCAACGAGUACUCGCAGUAAGUGACCCUCUGCCGCCACGGUAGGCCGCACGUCACAGCGCAAUCAAUUGCCAGCAGCAGCACUAUCCAACAAAAACACUACCCGAAGCACGGCGCGCGUACCACAGUGGUGGGAAGGAACAGGAACGGAUCGGACUGGACUGGCGGGUUGACCGACCACGCUGACGAUGACUGGGGAGCUUUCCGUGUACGUGUGUGUAGUACGUGUGUUUCAGAUUAAAGACUUCUUGUGUGUGUGUGUGUAUGUAACAUUACAGCGUUAGUCUCUGACUUAAACUUAAACUUAGAAAACCCCAAAACCCAGAUACCCAGCGACCCAGGAGUGAUACGCGAGGGACACGGAACGUGGAGUAGAGGAGGUAGAGUUGGGCGGCGAAUUUGCACUAUAGCACAAAGGCAGAGAAAAUGCAACUUUAUUGAAAUCAAAACGAAUAUUGAAUAAACCAAAUUG